GACAGAGGGUGUUAAGCAGUUGAAUACCUUGCCUGGACUAUCAGAAAACCCAUCUGCUGUAGGUCUUCUGAAGGUGGAAGAGCAACAAGUGCCAAUUGCCACUUCAAUAGUGCAUCGCCGACAGUAUAGAACAACUCGAGAUGCUGUGAUCCCCAUCCACAAGAUGAUCCGUGAGCUGGAGACACAAGGGGUGGUCAGCAAAACCCACUCACCCUUCAACAGCCCCAUCUGGCCUGUGCGCAAGCCUGACGGAGAAUGGAGAUUGACUGUGGACUACCGUGCCUUGAACGAAGUGACUCCACCAUUGAGCGCUGCUGUGCCGGACAUGCUGGAACUCCAGUACGAGCUGGAGUCCAAGGCAGCAAAGUGGUACGCCACAAUUGACAUUGCUAAUGCAUUUUUCUCCAUCCCUCUGGCUGCAGAAUGCAGGCCUCAGUUUGCUUUCACCUGGAGGGGCGUGCAGUACACCUGGAACCGACUGCCCCAGGGGUGGAAACACAGCCCCACCAUCUGCCAUGGACUGAUCCAGGCUGCACUGGAAAAGGGUGAGGCUCCGGAACAUUUACAGUACAUCGAUGACAUCAUUGUGUGGGGAAACACAGCAAUGGAAGUGUUUGAGAAGGGAGAGAAGAUCAUCCAGAUUCUCCUGAAGGCUGGCUUUGCUAUCAAGAAGAGCAAAGUUAAGGGACCUGCCCGAGAGAUCCAGUUUCUGGGAGUAAAGUGGCACGAUGGAAGGCGUCAGAUUCCCACUGAAGUCAUCAACAAGAUCACAGCAAUGUGUCCACCAACCAACAAAAGGGAAACACAAGCUUUCCUAGGCGCCAUAGGUUUCUGGAGGAUGCACAUUCCUGAGUACAGCCAGAUUGUGAGCCCUCUCUACCUGGUCACCCGCAAGAAGAACGAUUUCCACUGGGGCCCUGAACAGCAACAAGCCACUGAAGGAGAAGGUGGGUCAAGCCAACUCGCUGAGCUCAAAGCUGUUCAACUGGCUCUGGACAUUGCUGAAAGAGAGAAAUGGCCAAAGCUCUACCUCUACACUGAUUCGUGGAUGGUAGCCAAUGCUCUGUGGGGAUGGCUGGAGAAGUGGAAAAAGGCCAACUGGCAGCGUAGGGGAAAACCAAUCUGGGCUGCAGAUGAGUGGAAGGACAUUGCCACUCGGGUAGAGAAGCUACCUGUCAAAGUCCGUCAUGUAGAUGCCCAUGUCCCCAAGAGUCAGGCUAAUGAGGAGCACCAAAACAACGAGCAGGUAGAUCAAGCUGCAAAGAUAGAGGUGUCAAAGAUAGACUUGGACUGGCAACACAAAGGAGAGUUGUUUCUAGCUCGAUGGGCCCAUGAUGCCUCAGGCCAUCAGGGCAGAGAUGCCACCUAUAAGUGGGCCCGAGACCGAGGGGUGGAUCUAACCAUGGACAGUAUUUCUCAGGUUAUCCAUGACUGUGAGACGUGUGCUGCCAUCAAGCAGGCCAAGCGGGUGAAGCCGCUAUGGUAUGGCGGGCGAUGGUCCAAGUAUAAGUACGGGGAAGCCUGGCAGGUUGACUACAUCACCCUUCCCCAAACCCGCCAAGGCAAGCGCUACGUGCUCACAAUGGUAGAGGCCACCACAGGAUGGCUGGAGACCUACCCUGUGCCUCACGCUACGGCCCGUAACACCAUUCUAGGCCUUGAAAAACAAGUUCUUUGGAGGCAUGGUACCCCUGAGAGGAUUGAGUCAGACAAUGGAACUCAUUUCAAGAACAGCCUCAUCAACAACUGGGCUAGGGAACAUGGCAUUGAGUGGGUGUACCAUAUCCCCUAUCAUGCACCAGCUUCAGGGAAAAUAGAAAGAUAUAAUGGACUGCUAAAAACCACCCUGAAAGCACUGGGUGGGGGAUCAUUCAAAAACAGGGAGCAGCAUCUAGCAAAGGCCACCUGGUUAGUUAACACCCGAGGUUCCACCAACAGAGCAGGCCCUGCCCAGUCUGAGUCCCUACAUACAGUAGAUGGAGAGAAAGUCCCAGUAGUACAUGUAAGAGGUUUGUUAGGGAAGACAGUUUGGAUCAAUUCUGCUUCAAGUACAGAGGAUCCCAUCCGUGGGAUUGUCUUUGCUCAGGGACCAGGCUGCACAUGGGAGGGUAAUGCAGAAAGAUGGAACCACACGAUGUGUACCCCAGGGAGAUUUGAUUGUUGGGUGAGAACUGUGUGUAAUUAUCACUGUGUGCUGAAUGGUACUGCCACUGUAUGUAACUGUAUAUUGCAUAUUGUUUUUAUAUAGAUGUAUGUGUGUGUAGAGCUGGAAUAUAUAUUAGUUUUAGUAAAUUGACGAUAUGGGGAUACAAGGGGUGGAAUGUCCUAGGGUAACUUUAUGAUGCCUGUAUCCCCAAUCGUCUGUUCUGUUUGUGCUGUAUAUUGAGUCCUGUGCCUUUAAGACUGGUUCUAAGAGCAAGGAGAAGCGCGGAGUUUGUUUUGAGAAAACUGCCUGACUCCUCCACAUUCUUCUGCGGACAGUGUGUUCGGCGGAGGCUUGGAGAGACGGCAGGACAGAGAUCUUUUUUUUGCUUUUAGUUAGUUUCAGCUAGCUAGGGCAGAGAAGUUCCCUGGACUGUUUUUUCCCUUUUUUCUUGGAACUGUUUAAACCUGCUCUGGACUGAAAACCCAGGGGAGCACUGGGGGCUGCACCUGCGGCCCACCGGGGCCUGGACCUCGGCAUUUUCCAGCAGCGCCGGAGGGACCGGGACUGAGGAGACGCUGAGAGAGAGCCGAGCUACACCCACGGCAAGGACUUUCUCAAUUUGCCAUCUCACUUCAGAAGGAGAGAUCUGGGCUUACGGCAUAAUUCAGAGACUCUGCAACUAUUUAACAAUUUCCCACAUGCUAUUGAAGUGAAAGAAAGAGAAAUCCUUUUUAUACAUUUCUUUUCCCCAGAUGCAGCUGAGGGGAUAUAAACAUUCAACCAGGAAAGAGACACUCCGGAUCAAGUUCUCUCCUUCACCUGAGAGAUCCAGACUGACAUAACUUACCUCCCAGGAGAGUCAUGUA